GUCAGUGCAGACUGGAUAUCACCGACGCCGGUGCGAACACCUGAAGCGCGAGACAAUUAACAAUUGUCUAACUACAUUCUUCAUUUUACUUCUUUUUGUUAUUCGUUUUUCGUCAGUUGGUGGAAUAUCACAUGGAAAGCGCUCUUUGCUAGGAAUAACCUGGCACGAUGUCUUCAUCAAACGCGUGGGACCCAAUAACGAUACAUUAAAUCAAUACUGCUUAAACAAGCACAUCUCCUCUGAUGGCCUCCUUCUUAAAACAGUUAAGAUUACUUCUCUGGAAAAAUGGCCUCAGUGUCAUUCGGCAGCCCACCUGGUCGCUGGCUCUUCUUGUCUGGCCACUUGUGAUCUUUAUUAUCUUGGCAAUCACCCGUUCACAGUUUCCACCAAAACUCAGAGACACAUGCUAUGUGGCACCUAGAAACCUUCCGAGCACUGGGUUCUUCCCUUUCCUGCAGACACUCAUGUGUAACACCGACAGUACAUGCACCGGCAAAUCCUACCUAAAAGAAGGACAGCCCAAAUUAUACUGGUACACAGGCCAUCGCCAGCGCAGGGAUGCAGAAUCUCACAGUAUACCAACACUGUUUCAUGGUCUACCUCCACUGGCCCAUCUACAGAAGGGAGGACUGAUUCACUCAAUCCUUAAACGGGAUACAUCAAAUCCAGAGCUCCUAAAGCUGUGGGAUAGGAUGCUCAAUUCCAGCUUUCAAAACGACCCCAAUGUCACUUCAGUCAUGCAAACUUUUAACAACACCGCACUGGUUGAUGAGACAAUGGAGUCAGUUUGGGAAUCUGUGAGCGUCUUGAAAAAAUCCUUAUGCAGCUUCUCCAUUACCGCCAUCAACACAUCAGCCAGUACCCAGGAUCUCUUAAACCAAGGUUUAAUAAACUUCUGCAGCUCCAACGACACUGUUCUGGAAGCAUCCUUGCUCACCUUGAACCAGGUGCUGACAGAAAUGCUGCUCAAUAACCCGACAGAAGUACUGGGAUAUCUCGGAGGGACUGUGGUGGUCCUAGAUAUGCUUCAAAAGGAGACGUCAGUGUGGGACUUCCUACUAGGCCUGCCUGAUCUCUUCCUAAAGCCCACAGAUGAGGAAAUACUAAAUGCCGGAGCAGAGGAAUUAAAAGAUCUUAAAAAUGCCUUGACCUUUCUCCAGAAGGCUUUCCCUCAGACCAACAUCUCUACUGCUGACUCAGAUCCAGUCAUCACUAAAGGCAUUGACUUUCUCAACUACAUGAGUGCUUGGAAAGGGAGAGAUGUGCAUUUCAAACUGAGUGAUGUUGUGACCCCAAGCAGCAUUGCCCUACUUAACUCAGACAUAAAGGACCUUAUCAACCAAAUCCAGAUUCCUCUCGAUAAGAUUCCAGUGCUGUUCAAUUUGGAAGACUUUCGUACCUUUUUGUGUGACCAAAACAUCAUUGCAUCCUAUUGCUGGAGUUGGGAAGUGGGCAAGGUAUUUGAAGGGAUAAAUACAUGGAAAGUUAUUGAACAGGUGCUGUUGACAUGGAGUCAGACCUCUGCCUCGGCAGACUUGGCCUUCACUGAGGAUGUUUUCAGUACCUUGCUUGGCCUAGUCUCUCCGUCGAGUCUGGAUGCUGUUCUCAAACACACCAGGUCCCAGCGCAGCAGUGACGCUCAACCACAGAGCCUUGGGGAACAAUUAGUCUUAGGAAUAAGUAGUACAGCAUUUGAUUUUCUACAAGGCAUGCCUGGCUGGGAAUACAUUCAGACUUUCAUGCUGGUUGGCCAUUCAUCCAUGCAGGUGGCGAGAGUUGCAAUGGAAGUACAGCGACCAUUCAUUGAUGUGGUCCUGAGGGAUGCCAAGUAUGUCCAGGAGGCCUUCCUUUCUCUAAUGCAGAAUGAGACCUUUGCUAAGGCCUGGGCUGACCAUGGCGUGACCUCUAUUGUGCAAACCGUGGCCAAUGUUCUAGAGGGUCACACUAACUGCAAAGACCUUUCGUCUCCAUGGGCUUGGAUGUCAACAUACAGCUCUAUAGACUUUCAGUUGUGGUACACUCUAGUUUGUGCUGGGAAUGACACAAGUCUUGAGGAAAUGCUGUCACCAUCACUCUUGCCAGUAACUGAAAAGGUCCAUCAGUUGGUUAGUGCUGUGAAUGGAGCUGUACUGUACAAUGUCACACCCUCAGUCCUUAUGGCAGAGUGGAAUAGCCUAUACACAACAGCCUCGGAGUAUGUCACUGCCCUCCAGAACUUGCAAACGGUGCUUAAUGAGAGCUAUUUUGCAGCUUGGAUCCCUGAGAAAAUUUCAGUCGGGUUGUCCCAGAUUCUGUUGUCCAGGGCUACUGGUACAAUUGAGAAUAUGGGUUCUCUGCUAGAGAACAGCUAUCUGUGGCCCUCCAUGGAACCAUAUUUCCAUAUGGCUUAUUGGAUUUUAACUUACGAACCUAAUGCCACUGCAUCGCCAAACUGCACACUUCUUCCAUCUGCCUUUACCUGUCAAACUGGCUUUACCUGGGAAACAGCUGUUCCACUGAUUCAUUCUUUGAUCUCUGAAGUUUCAAGAGAACCGGACAGCCUGUUAAGACCUCUCCAGGGGACAGUAGCUCUCCUCCAAAACAGUUACAUGCCACUUUUGCAACAAGUGAUUACCAGUGGCCUAUCAGGUCAAUUCCUUGGUAGUGACAUGUCACUUCAAGACUUGUUGAUGGACCUCAUUAAUACAGCUGAUAAAGAAAUUCAGCUGCUCUCCAACAUUCAGUCCACACAGGAGUUUAACACUCAGCUCUCACUCACUCUGUUAAAUGACAUCAUGGCAGCUUUUGGUCUGGGGCAGCUAGAGAACCUGCUCUCAGGUGGUUCCCAAACAACCAGCAUGCACCCAGUCAUCAUGAACAUCCUCCAGGUCUUGAACAAUUCGUCCAUCCAGAUGCUAAAUGUAGAGGAUAGUUUUGCAGUUCUUCAAGCUAUUUUGAGCCAACUUGGAGCCAUCUUGCCUCCUGAGCAGCAGUAUCAGUUAGAAGCAGGGCUAAAUAGGACUCAUACCCUCAUUCAAGAUCUGGAAAUUUGUUCAGCUCUUGGCCAGGACUGUGUUGCUGAAGUUCAGAAUGUUUUUGAUGCUCUUGGAGCAAUGCUUGCAUUUGACAUAAAUGCCACCAUCACAAUGACACCUCUUCAGGGUAACAUGACUCUCCCUGUUGUGCUUGAUGUUCUCGCUCUGCUUCUGCCAUGGAACAUGUCACGGCCAGCAGUAGCCUCAGUGGAAAUUUUCAGCAAGAUUCAGUAUCUCCUUGAGCAGGCUUAUGCAUCUUCUCCUGUGUUCAACAUCAGUCAAGUUCUGCAAUCCUCCAAUCUCACUAUUUUUGAAUUAGAGCAAGUCAAUUCAGUAAUCCAUUCUAACUGGUCAGCAUCUGUACAGCAGACUCUGAAUAUGGCCAUGCUACUUCCACAAUGCAUGAACACACAAACCGCACAGUCUCUGCAAAAGCCCUCUGCUAAUGGACAGGCAGAAUGUGUCCUUCAGCUUAUCCAGACUGCUUCAGGUUUGCUUGGAGUAAUACCUGUGGCUGAGAAUGCUCAAAUGACUCUUAAUAAUUGGCUUAACAUUGUUUCAGUAGAAUAUCAGAAAGUAAAUAACAUGUCCAGUUCUGGGUCUGACUCAUUUGCACUGAUGGAAGAGGUGCUGAUAACAACACUGUCAGCUAUUAGACAAAACCUCAAUAGUUUUGGUGUGGGGAACAACACUGAUAUUACAAAUGAGCUCAACAUUUUGGAAAAUCUCUUGAAAAAGGUAAUCAGAGAACAUUACCCAUACCACACAUUUAACUCCACAUUGAUGGUACAGGGACAGUAUGCACAGAAGGUGUAUGGAGAAAUCACACUGUGGUAUUUAAACAAGCUUGGAAAUGCAACUAGUGGCAGUAUGUUUGCAGAGAUUCUCCAUCAACUGAAACGCAUGACUGAAAUGCAGGUGGCACUCAUCAGUGCAGAAGCAGAUAUGAUGACGCUAACAAUGAAUCAUAUCCAGAACUUAACCUAUCUAAGGCUUCCUCUGGAAGGUGAAGAUCUUGUACAAGUUGCCAACACAAUCAUGACCAUGCUGCAAGAUGAGCUGGCAUUAAUUAAAGGAAAUCUUGAGAUACAACAGGUGUUCUAUGAUUCUCAAGACUCCCCAAUGAACAUUAGCAUUCCUGCUGAAAUUGAAGCUCAGAUCAGGACCUACCUCAGCUUGACAAAAAAGUGGAUCACUAACCCACAAGUGAUGAUGGCACUUGCUAGAAUUUUCAAAUGGGAAACUAGCUCUGUAAAUAUUACAACACCUGCAAAAGAUCUUGAACAGCUCCUCCAAGCCUUGACUCCUCUACUGCAUCCUAAAGAUAGAGAGACCCUUGUUGUUGUUGACCAGUUCUCUCAGGCAGUAAACUAUGCUCUACAGGUUGCUAGCACUGAUGGUGGUGUCCAAAGUGAAAACUUCUCAGAAGCCAUCAUCAGUGCCAUGAGAGUGGUUCUGAAGAAUUUUUCUAAUGAAACUGGAGCUCUACAUCAGGAUGUGGUUAACAAUAUUCUUGAUGCUUUCAACAGCUUCCUUCAGCUGAUCCUAAACCCCAAUAUGAACCCCAAUGUCCAAGCUAGCACCCUCACACAGGAGAUUAUACAGAUGGUAGAGGGAGUGAUUCAUACCCUUUUACCAGCAGAGGCAGCCGAAGUGUUGGUUCCCAUUAAAAACACCAUUUUGUCCUAUCUGAAUAACAUCUCACAACCUGCUGGAUUUGAUCAUUGGAAUGAACUCAUUAGAAACAUGAUGUCAGAGCUUCGCAAUUCCCUGUCAUCAAACAACACAGCGCAGCCCAUCAUAUCAAUGAUAAUAAACGUCACAGAAAGCCUUCUGAGCUCAACUGAUGGCAGUUUGACCAAGAACUGGAUCAUUAACCAACAACUGACUAUGGCACUUGCUGCAAUCUUCAAGGGGAAUGUUAGCGCUGUAGAUCUUGCAGCAGCUGGGGUGAAUCUUGACCAACUUUUGCAAGCCGUUGCCCCCCUAUUAUCCACUGAAGACAAAACCUUCCUUGUCAUUGCUGAACAGUUCUCUGAGGCAGUGAGCUAUGCUCUACAGGUGGCUAGCACUGAUGGUGGUGUCGCAAGUGAAAACUUCACAGAAGCCGUCAUCAAUGCUGUAAAAGUGGUUUUGGAGAGUAUUUCAAACAAAACUGAAGCUCUAUCUCAGGAUGUGAUUAACAAGGUUGUAGGUGCUUUCAGUGGUUCACUUCAGCUGAUCCUGAACACCAAUGUGAGCAAUGCCCAAGCUAGCACCCUCGCACAGGAGACUAUACAAAUGGUAGAGGGAGUGAUUCAUACCCUUUUGCCAGCAGAGGCAGCCGAAGUGUUGGUUCCCAUUAAGAACACCAUUUUGUCCUAUCUAAAUAACAUCUCACAACCUGCUGGGUUUGAUCAUUGGAAUGAACUCAUUGUCAAUGUGAUGACAGACCUUCAGAAUUCCCUACCAUCAAACAACACAGCUCAGCCCAUCAUAAUAAUGAUAGUCAAGGUCACAGAAAACCUUCUGAGCUCAGCGGAAAGCAACUUGACCAAGGAAUGGAUCAUUAACCAAAAACUGACAAUGGCACUUGCUGCAAUCAUCCAGGGGAAUGUUAGCGCUGUAGAUCUUGCAGCAGCUGGGGUGAAUCUUGAUCAACUUUUGGAAGCCAUGUCUCAACUACUAUCUCCUGAGGACAGAGCCUACAUUGCUGUAGCUGAACAAUUCUCUGAGGCAGUGAGCUAUGCUCUACAGGUGGCUAGCACUGAUGGUGGUGUCGGAAGUGAAAACUUCACAGAAGCCAUCAUCAAUGCUGUAAAAGUGGUUCUGGAGGGUAUAUCAAACAAAACUGAAGCUCUACCUCAGGAUGUGAUUAACAAGGUUGUAGGUGUUUUCAGUGGUUCACUUCAGCUGAUCCUGAACACCAAUGUGAGCAAUGGCCAAGCUAGCACCCUCGCACAGGAGACCAUACAGAUGGUAGAGGGAGUGAUUCAUACCCUUUUACCAGCAGAGGCAGUCGAAGUGUUGGUUCCCAUUAAAAACACCAUUUUGUCCUAUCUGAAUAACAUCUCACAACCUGCUGGAUUUGAUCAUUGGAAUGAACUCAUUAUGAAUGUGAUGACAGACCUUCAGAAUUCCCUACCAUCAAACAACACAGCUCAGCCCAUCAUAUCAAUGAUAGUCAAAGUCACAGAAAACUUUCUGGGCUCAGCUGGAGGCAACUUGACCAAGGAAUGGAUCAUUAACCAAAAACUGACAAUGGCACUUGCUGCACUCUUCCAGGGGAAUGUUAGCGCUGUAGAUCUUGCAGCAGCUGGGGUAAAUCUUGAUCAACUUUUGCAAGCCAUGUCCCAACUACUAUCCCCUGUGGACAAAGCCUACCUUGCUGUUGCUGAAGAGUUCUCUGAGGCAGUGAACUAUGCUCUACAGGUGGCAAGCACUGAUGGUGGUGUCAGAAGUGAAAACUUCACAGAAGCUGUCAUCAAUGCUGUAAAAGUGGUUCUGGAGGGUAUUUCAAACAAAACUGAAGCUCUAUCUCAGGAUGUGAUUAACAUGGUUGUAGGUGCUUUCAGUGGUUCACUUCAGCUGAUCCUGAACACCAAUGUGAGCAAUGCCCAAGCUAGCACCCUCGCACAGGAGACCAUACAAAUGGUAGAGGGAGUGAUUCAUACCCUUUUACCAGCAGAGGCAGCCGAAGUGUUGGCUCCCAUUAAGAACACCAUUUUGUCCUAUCUGAAUAACAUCUCACAACCUGCUGGAUUUGAUCAAUGGAAUGAACUCAUUGUGAAUGUGAUGACAGAGCUUCAGAAUUCCCUACCAUCAAACAACACAGCUCAGCCCAUCAUAUCAAUGAUAGUCAAGGUCACAGAAAACUUUCUGAGCUCAGCUGGAGGCAACUUGACCAAGGAAUGGAUCAUUAACCAAAAACUGACAAUGGCACUUGCUGCAUUCUUCCAGGGGAAUGUUAGCGCUGUAGAUCUUGCAGCAGCUGGGGUGAAUCUUGAUCAACUUUUGCAAUCCAUGACCCAACUACUAUCCCCUGAGGACAGAGCCUACAUUGCUGUAGCUGAACAGUUCUCUGAGACAGUGAACUAUGCUCUACAGGUUGCUAGCACUGAUGGUGGUGUCGCAAGUGAAAACUUCACAGAAGCCGUCAUCAAUGCUGUAAAAGUGGUUCUGGAGAGUAUUUCAAACAAAACUGAAGCUCUACCUCAGGAUGUGAUUAACAAGGUUGUAGGUGCUUUCAGUGGUUCACUUCAGCUGAUCCUGAACACCAACGUGAGCAAUGCCCAAGCUAGCACCCUCGCACAGGAGACUAUACAGAUGGUAGAGGGAGUGAUUCAUACCCUUUUACCAGCAGAGGCAGCCGAAGUGUUGGUUCCCAUUAAGAACACCAUUUUGUCCUAUCUAAAUAACAUCUCACAACCUGCUGGAUUUGAUCAUUGGAAUGAACUGAUCAUGAAUGUGAUGACAGACCUUCAAAAUUCCUUACCAUCAAACAACACAGCUCAGCCCAUCAUAUCAAUGAUAGUCAAGGUCACAGAAAACCUUCUGAGCUCAGCUGAAGGCAACUUGGCCAAGGACUGCAUCAUUAACCAAAAACUGACAAUGGCACUUGCUGCAUUCUUCCAGGGGAAUGUUAGCGCUGUAGAUCUUGCAGCAGCUGGGGUAAAUCUUGAUCAACUUUUGCAAGCCACGUCUCAACUACUAUCCCCUGAGGACAGAGCCUACAUUUCUGUAGCUGAAGAGUUCUCUGAAGCAGUGAGCUAUGCUCUACAGGUGGCUAGCACUGAUGGUGGUGUCGCAAGUGAAAACUUCACAGAAGCCAUCAUCAAUGCUGUAAAAGUAGUUCUGGAGAGUAUUUCAAACAAAACUGAAGCUCUACCUCAGGAUGUGAUUAACAAGGUUGCAGGUGCUUUCAGUGGUUCACUUCAGCUGAUCCUGAACACCAAUGUGAGCAAUGCCCAAGCUAGCACCCUCGCACAGGAGACUAUACAGAUGGUAGAGGGAGUGAUUCAUACCCUUUUACCAGCAGAGGCAGCCGAAGUAUUGGUUCCCAUUAAGAACACCAUUUUGUUCUAUCUGAAUAACAUCUCACAACCUGCUGGAUUUGAUCAAUGGAAUGAACUCAUUAUGAAUGUGAUGACAGACCUUCAGAAUUCCCUACCAUCAAACAGCACAGCUCAGCCCAUCAUAUCAAUGAUAGUCAAGGUCACAGAAACCUUUCUGAGCUCAGCUGGAGGCAACUUGACUAAGGACUGGAUCAUUAACCAAAAACUGACAACGGUACUUGCUGCAAUCUUCCAGGCCAAUGUUAACGCUGUAGAUCUUGCAGCAGCUGGGGUGAAUCUUGACCAACUGUUGCAAGCCACGUCUCAACUACUAUCCCCUGAGGACAGAGCCUACAUUGCUGUUGCUGAAGAGUUCUCUCAGGUGGUGAACAAUGCUCUACAGGUGGCUAGCACUGAUGGUGGUGUCCAAAGUGGAAACUUCACAGAAGCCAUCAUCAAUGCUGUAAAAGUGGUUCUGGAGAGUAUUUCAAACAAAACUGAAGCUCUACCUCAGGAUGUGAUUAACAAGGUUGUAGAUGCUUUCAGUGGUUCACUUCAGCUGAUCCUGAACACCAAUGUGAGCAAUGCCCAAGCUAGCACCCUCGCACAGGAGACUAUACAGAUGGUAGAGGGAGUGAUUCAUACCCUUUUACCAGCAGAGGCAGCCGAAGUAUUGGUUCCCAUUAAGAACACCAUUUUGUUCUAUCUGAAUAACAUCUCACAACCUGCUGGAUUUGAUCUUUGGAAUGAACUCAUUGUGAAUAUGAUGACAGACCUUCAAAAUUCCCUACCAUCAAACAACACAGCUCUGCCCAUCAUAUCAAUGAUAAUAAAGGUCACAGAAAACCUUUUGAGCUUAGCUGAAGGCAACCUGACCAAAGACUGGAUUAUUAACCAAAAACUGACAAUGGCACUUGCUGCAGUCAUCCAGGGGAAUGUAGAUCUUGCAGCAGCUGGGUUGAAUCUUGACCAACUUUUGCAAGGCACGUCUGCCCUAGUCUCCCCUGAGGACAGAGCCUACAUUGCUGUUGCUGAGCGGGUGUCCCAGACACUAAACUAUGCUCUACAGGUUGCUAGCAAUGAUGGUGGUGUCCAAAGUGAAAACUUCACAGAAGCUGUCAUUAGUGCUGUGAGAGUGGUUCUAGAGAGUAUUUGUAGUGAAACUGGAGUUCUACACCAGGAUGUGGUUGACCAUAUUCUUGGUGCUUUUAAUGGUUCACUUAAGCUGAUUCUGAACCCCAAAAUAUAUUACAUGCAAGCUAACCACUUCACACAGGAGACUUUACAGAUGCAUGUGGGAGCUCUUCAAGGCCUUUUACCAGCAGAAGUGGCUGAGGUGUUGGUUCCCAUGAAAAACAGUGUUUUAAUGUAUUUGCAGACCAUCUCACAAUCUGCUGGACCUGACAAAUGGAAUGAAGUCAUUGUGAAUGUAAUGACAGAGCUUCAGAAUUCACUGCCAUCAAACAACACAGCUCAGCCCAUCAUAUCUGUGAUUCUCAAGAUCACAGAGUAUAUUCUAAACUCAAAUGAAGGAUAUACAAAUGUGUGGCACAACUUCAGUCUUGGCAACCUAAAUGAAAUAACAGAACAGCUUACAGUCUUUCUGGGCUCUAUGUCACCAUUCAUGAACGAAUCCACCCAGACUGUUGCAGAAUCUGUAGGUGUACUGGUCCAGAUCCUUUCCGGCAGUGCUGACCAGCUGACCUUUGACAGGUUGGAGAAUAUGUUGGCUGCUCUGUUUUCAACAUUCAAAGGUACUCCUGUGUGGGAUUCAUUGCCAUCUGUCGUGUCCACAAUUCAGCAAGCUAUUGUCAACAGUGCUCACAACAUGCAGGCACAAACAGAGCUCCUCCACAACCUCCAGCAGCCAUUGUCCAGCCUUUUGUCAAGCAUUUUUCAAGUUAUGAACACAAGCAGUUUCACUGCUCACUCCUUUGUUGGUGGAUUGCCACAGGCCCUUGUGUCAACUGCAGAAGCUGCUCUGCAGGCUGGUUUGGAAGGUCAGAGUCUGAACUGCAGCUACAUUCAGCAAAUAUGGCAGGAUAUCACAGCUGCUGUUGGAAUAAGUGAAGACACUGUUGCUUUGAGUUGUGAAGUCAACCUACUGCCAGUCAUAGCAGCCUACAAUAAAAAAUCUCCAGCCUUUAAUACGAUGGGAAUGGCGAUGAACCCUCAAUGGAUAAACGCCACUGCAGGAAUGAUGACCCAGUCACUGGAGACUUUCUAUGGGGCAAUCCUGAACAGUACCUUUGCUAGCAAUCAACUUACAGAGGUCCUGUUGCAUUACACUUCAAUGCUAUUCAACCUCUCAGUGCUAGAAAUGACAAACCAUGCUGACUGGAAUGUCCAGCUCCUCCAGAUGCAGCUGUACCAAAGCCUCUCCUCAGUACAAAUGGCUCUGGAGCAAAUUAAGACAGAAGCUCCGUGGAUGACGCCAUACAUCGAGGCAAUUGAAAAAACUAUAGAGGUCAUCCUACAGAAUGGCAAUCUCAUCCAGAAUUCAACUGUAAGCCCUCCGAUCAUCAUGCAGGCUCUGGAGAUCACGCUUACCGGAAUGAAUUUUACAAAGGAAACCAUUAAUUACAUUCUGAGUGGAGACAUAUUUAUGAACCCCAAUGGAAGCACAGUGGACAGUUUGAUAAAAGAGGUUAUCCAGCAAAUCAUUGCUACGGGGUUGCUGGUUGACUGGCCCACCCUUUAUGGAGUAAUGCAGCAAGCUCUGUAUUUGGAAGAGACAAGUGGCACCCUAUGGAAAACUGUUGAUUUUUUCAAAUGGCUGUUCACUACUCAAGAUUCUGGACUAAAUUUUGUCUUGGAGAUCCUGCGAAAGCUAUACGAGAUAAUAAGAAAUGCUCUAACCAUGAUGCCACAGUCGUGCCUCUCAAAAAACUUUAUUGACCUUUUUGGGAAUGUUUUGUACAUGCUGAAACAGAUCAGACUAACCAGUGACCUCUUUGACCCUGUGGAACAAUAUCUAAGCCCACUUAAAAGCCAAAUUGCUCAGGGACAGAACCUGAAAGGUCUUGUGUCCCACACAAGAAAUGCCAGAAGUAUUGCUAGCAAAGUACAGAGAGAGCCGGUAGAUGACUUCCUUGACCUUCUUAACAUUGACUACCAAGCCUUGCUUAAAAUUCUAUCCAUUCCACCCACCUCUACUGAAAUUUUGGAGACUAUUCAUGUUUUCUUUGCAAAUCCAGACUUGGGUGUCAUCCUGAAGGGUUAUUUGAGUGAAAUGACUGGAAACACAAAAAAAGAGGAAACCAUUGACACAACUCUGAGCGUGCUGUCCUACUUGACGCUCCCUAGCAAUGGACAGCAGUUCCUGGAGAUGUUCAUGGACAUCACUAGUGAUGGGUGGAGUUUUCAGGACCUUGAUAAAGUAGAGAAAUUUGCAGAAAGCAUAGGAAGAACAAUUGACAUGACCAUGGUGCUAUCCCACCAGCCACCUCUGAACAUUUCUCAAAGAAUCGAGGACAUGGCCCAGCAACUUCAAGCCUCGGUGUCAAAUAUCAUCUUACAGGGUGGAAAUGGCACAGACACUGCAAUCCAAUUUCUCACGGCGCUCAACAGCAUCCUUACCGGGAACUUUGAGCAAGUCAAGGACAUCAGCCCUCAGGUCACUGGCAUUCUCCAAAACAUAAUUGGCUCGUUUUCCAGUCCAGGGUCGAAGAUGAGCGGUAGAUCCUAUUUGGCAGCUGUGUAUCAAACUGCAGAAGCCUUCGACUCACUUCCCUCUGGAGAGGCAGCUGUGUAUUUCAACAUAUCUGGACAAAUGCUGCAAGCCUUUGCAUUGCUCGAGGCAUAUCCCGGAGACAUAGAAAAAGUCAUGAUGUCCACCAGCAUGAUUUCUGACUCCCUAAACCUUGUCCUUGCUCUCUCGAAUAUCACAGCUCUUCCGAAUGGACAAUCUGUUCAAGAGGUCACCCAUCCCCUCAUCCUUAGCAGUGCCAUAGCCACCCACAUCCUAUUCAACCUCUCCAUGUCAAACUAUAGCCUGAGCAGCAGUGGUGAGAGGGAGAUGCUUUUGACCCAAACGUUCAAUCAGAUGGUUGUUGUUCUCCCCAAGGAAACGCACAUGUACCUCUUUGCUAUCAAAUCGGCUCUAUUCACUGCCCUCUCGAGAGUACACAACACUGCAGAAAUCACAUCCCACUUCCCCGAAAUCUCCCAGCUGGUUACACAGUCUCUUCUUAACUCUUUAAACAUUACUUACGAUCCAUCUUCCACUCAUAUGACUCCAGAUGGCCUUGUUUACAUCUUGGUGACCAUGUCUAAUCAAGUGUGCAUGACUUUCUACGAGGGCCUUAUGUCAUCCGGUUCCCCUAUCCAAAAUUCACAAGCAGUGAACUUUUUAAGUGAGGUUGCAUCUUCCAUAUACUCGAUAAUGCCUGUUGAGGGACAGCCAUACAUCAAUAUCACACUCAACCUAAUGGAGACAGUGUCUUUCGUUCUUAAUGACACCAGCAACUUUGGGGAUGUCAGUGGGGCUGUAUCUCAAGUAGCCAGUUCUGUCAACAACCUUCUGCCGCUGGUGAACACAAAUUCCUUCAGCACCAUUAUAGCUGACCUAGAGCAGACCCUUAAGACAAUCCUAAUGAUCAUCCAAGCAGACCAAAGCCCUCUCACCCAAACAGCUGAUAUUACCCAGCAGCUGCUGCACACCAUCCAAAAUCUCAUCUCACUGGGCAAUAGCAGCAGUGUGGAGUCUGAACUCGCCAAAAUAGUGCUGGGGGCUUCUAGCAUGAAUAUCGGCCAUCUGCUGGGGAUGAAUGACACUAACUGGACUGACAAGCUGUCUGUGCUGUUGACAAACCUUGCAAAUAGCCUUCCAGAAGACCUGCCGUAUUCUUCUCCUAUUAAGUCCAUCACGAGAAGUCUGGCCAAUGAAUCCCAAGAAAAUCUGCAUCUUCUACUGCAAGUGCUAAACACCGCCUUUGAAUUAGGCUCAACCAACUGGGCAAAUGAGAGUUCGGGCAUGAUACUGGACCACCUGUUAACUAAGGUGUGUGCUCUGGAAAACAUGGCUUCUGUGCAGCUGAUCACCCAGGUUCUGCCUCUGGGUCCCAGGGUGUUUUGCGAUACUAUUGUUCCCGCAAUUCAGGCUUUCCAUGUGCUCACAACCAACCUGGUGAACCAAAGCACCGACAUCUAUGAUCUGAUUUUCCAGACUUUCAUUGGAGACCCUAACACUUACAACACUGAAGUGGACUGGACAUCAACUCUCUCUGAAAUUGUGGGCUUCAACGUCUCAAGUCUGAAAAAUCUUGAUAUCAAUAUUUCAUCUCCAGCUGAAGUGAAAGUUUCAGAGCUGCUGAAAAAUACCACUCUGUUUGUUCAGGAUGUCGAGCGGUAUACCAGCUUUCCACCUCGCAUUCUUCAGACUCUAUUAGAUUACCCUCUACCCAGCAACAGCAUGCAGAUCUUGGCAUGGUUGGCAAACCUGCGCCAGUGCUCAGACCCCUCGUCUUUGCAACUGGACCCAACAGGGCAGGAGAUCUUUGGCACCUUCUGUGAACUGUCACAUGAAUGGUAUAGCAUUACGAUUCUCGUUCUUCGCCAUGUGGACAUGAAGACGGCUUUAUUCAGGCUGGUAUUGUCAAAAGAAAUCCAGGAUUUGGUGGCAAUCAUGCUAGAGAUGAUCAAGUUUUUGACAGACAUGAUGAAAAAACUAGUACCUGCCAUUAACAAACUGCAGGAAUACCUGACAAACAUAGCCGAACUAAACCUGGUGUCCAACCAAGAGUUCCACAGUCUGGUGAGGGGAAAGCGCUCCACCAUAUCAAGCAAGGCCACCUUUAGCACCAUUGCUCGUGCAUUAUGCAAAAAUGGCAUCCUGACGCUGUUUGCCAUCGCAAAAGUUCCUAUCGUAACCGAGACUGAUCCUUCUGUCCAGACGGACCACAAAAGAGAGGAGCUGAUUAAGAAGUUCAAAAUCCCACCCGAUGCUAGUCCCUUUUGUAUGAACCUCUACUUGGAUAUGGUGAACACUACAGGCGGGGCGGUGGCUUGGGCCUUCCUCAAACCCAUGCUGUUAGGACAGGUCCUGUACUCACCAGACACACCAGUGACGAGAGAGAUCAUGAGAAAGUCAAAUUCCACACUGCACCAGUUUGGUGAUCUAAAGCUUUAUGCGUCUGAAUGGAUAGAAUCUUCAUCGUACGUGAUGCAGUCUGCCAAGAUCCUGACAAAAACCUUGCCAAUACUUCAGAAUUCUCUGGGCAAUCCUUUCGUCCAAAACUUCAUUCAGACUCAGACCGGCAUUGAUGUUGCACAAAUGAGUGCAACUCUCAACCAAUUUUCAAACAUGACAGUCCUUUUAGAGAAAAACAAGUUUAUCAUGGAGCAGAUCACCACCCUCUCCAUGCUGAUGAUGAACCUUUCCUCCUGUGUCAACUUCGACCGUUACCGAGCCUUCAACUCCACUGAUGAACUCGAUGAGCAGGCAGAGAAACUGGCUCAAAACCGUGAGCUCUACGCCAGCAUUAUUUUCAAACUUCCUGAGGAGACCUCCAGCAGCCUGCCCCCUAACAUCGACUACACCAUCCGAAUGAACAUUGAGAAUGUCAUGCGCACCGACCGUGCACGGAAUCCCUUCUGGGUGAAAGAUGCCUUUAUGUCGUCAACGAAGACCCAGAGGUACAACCGAGGCUUUGUGUACCUGCAGGAGAGCAUCGAUAGGUCCAUCAUCGAAAUGCAGACGGGUAAAGCCAUAGAUGGACCUGCGGUCCAGAUGCAGGCGUUCCCUUAUCCCUGCUACUACAAGGAUGAGUAUCUCAACAGCAUUGCUUUUGCUUUCCCAAUGGCUCUCAUGAUUUCCUGGGUGCUGUUUGUCGCCCACUUUGUGAAGAAACUCGUUCACGAGAGAGAACUGCGACUUCAUGAGUACAUGAAAAUGAUGGGGGUCAAUCCCAUCAGCCACUUCUUUGCCUGGUUAAUUGAAAGCGCUGUGUUCCUGCUGGCGACUGUCAUCAUCCUCACCAUCAUUUUGAAAGCUGGUGGCAUCCUUCCUCGCAGCGAUGGCUUCGUGCUCUUCCUCUACCUUUGCGACUAUGGCUUUAGCAUCCUUGCAAUCAGCUUCCUGGUCAGCUCCUUCUUCGAUAAGACCAACAUCGCCGGGCUCAGCGGCAGCCUUAUCUAUGUCAUCUGUUUCUUCCCCUUCAUCGUGUUGAUCCACUUGGAGGACAACCUUUCCUUCAGUGUGAAGAGCGCUCUGAGUCUCUUUUCUCCGACAUGCUUCAGUUAUGCCAGCCAGUAUAUCUCCCGCUAUGAAAAACAGGAAGAAGGCAUCCAGUGGAGCAACAUGUAUAUCUCUCCUCUGGCUGGUGACACUUCCUCCUUCGGCUGGCUCUGCUGGCUGCUACUUAUCGACUCCUUAGUAUAUUUUAUCAUUGGGAUUUACAUCCGCAUGGUCUUCCCAGGAAAGUAUGGCAUUGGAGUUCCCUGGUACUUCCCAGUGACUCGGUCCUUCUGGUCAGAUAUGUUCAGCUGCUGUAGCAGAACACCAAAGAAAAUAGGCAGAGGGCUGCUCUUUACCAACAUGAUGCAUGAACAAAACAACACUGCCAAGAGCAAAGGUAAAAGUAGCUUAGCGGGUAAUGGAGAUGAAGAAUUCUCAGGAUUGCCUGUUGGAGUUUCUCUUUAUGGCCUGACAAAGACCUACGGCAACCGGCAUGCUGUGGACAACCUAAACCUUUCUUUCUAUGAGGGACAUGUCACCUCUCUGCUGGGUCACAAUGGAGCUGGAAAAACCACCACUAUGUCACUUCUGACGGGGUUGUUUGCACCAACCAAUGGCACCAUUGAGGUGUAUGGCAUGGAUAUGCAGACGUUUAUAGAUGAUGUGCGCAAGGAGAUGGGCGUGUGCAUGCAGUAUGAUGUCCUGUUUGACCACCUUACCACAAAGGAACAUCUGCUGCUAUACUCUCAGAUCAAAGCUCCCCACUGGACCAAACAGGAAGUGAACGAACAAGUGCGAAGAAUCCUAAUGGAAACAGACAUGCAUGCCCACCGCCACAAGCGUGUCGGCACCCUGUCAGGAGGUAUGAAAAGGAAGCUAUCCAUCUCCAUUGCCUUCAUCGGAGGCUCACGGUUGGUGGUGCUAGAUGAGCCGACCACCGGAGUGGACCCCUGUUCCCGACGCAGCAUCUGGGACAUUGUCCUUCAGCACAAGCAAGAGCGUACCAUCAUUCUUUCCACCCAUCACCUGGAUGAAGCUGAAGUUCUCAGUGACCGCAUCGCCUUCCUGGAGCGUGGAGGCCUCAAAUGCUGUGGUUCGCCCUUCCUCCUCAAAGACAAGCUGGCUAAGGGCUACAACCUCACACUCACAAAGAAGGUUCAGACUCCUGAUUCAAACGAAAGGUUUAACGUUGAAGAUCUCAGGGCUUUUAUUCAAUCCUACCUGCCUGACGCUCAGCAGAAGGAAGGAGAGGUGGGCGAUGUGGUCUACGCCCUCCCACCGUACACCCCCCGGAAUGCAGCUGCGUACCACUCUCUGCUCACCGGUCUGGAUCAGAACCUGGACAAGCUACAGCUGGGCUGCUAUGGCAUUUCCGACACCACCCUGGAAGAGGUGUUCCUGCAGUUGACUCGAGAUGACUUGAAGCCUAAAGAAAAUGAAACCUGGUCUGUGUCAGAGUCUGUGAUGGUGAAUGACAUGUCUGACGAUUUCAACAGCACAUACCUUGGAGAGAAAGCCAGUCUCACUGGGACCUCAGCCGUGCGUGGGUUCGCUUUGACUGCACAGCGGGUGAUGGCCAUGUUACUGAAACGCGUGCAUCACUCCAGGAGGGACUGGAAGGGGCUGUUCUCCCAGGUGUUGUUGCCUGUACUCUUUGUAAUUGCUGCCAUGGGCCUGGGCUCCAUCAAGAGUGAUCUUCAGCACUUUCCCAAGAUUGUGCUCUCUCCUGCUCUGUACCACGUUGAUGAACAGUAUAGCUUCUUCAGCAAUCAGAACCCCGCCGCCAACAGUCUUGUCGAUACCAUGAUGUCCUAUCCAGGCAUUGACCACGUCUGCAUGAGAGACCCCACAAAUUCGGUUUGCAAAGAGAGACCUGCUGUAGCAAGUGAGUCCUGGAUCUCCAGAGGCAACAGCUCUGCUACAUUUACCACCUGCAUGUGUAGCAACCAAGUGCAGUCAUGUCCUGCAUCCAAUAACGAACCACCUCACAAAAGAAAUCCAUCAUCCCAGAUUGUUUACAACCUGACGGGGAUCAGCACAGAGGACUACCUGCUGGCCACUGCAAAUAACUUUAUCAGAAACAGAUAUGGAGGCUGGGACUUUGGAAAGUCUCUUCCCAUUGAUCUUAAGAUGGACAUGUUAGAUGUGCCAGCGAACAGAACCCUUAGUAAGGUUUGGUAUAAUCCAGAAGGUCACCACACCAUGCCUGCCUACCUCAACAGCCUUAACAACUUUAUCCUGAGAUCCAGUCUGCCACCAGAAAAACGACAACAAUAUACCAUCUCCAUAUCCAGCCACCCUUACCCUGGCCAAGUGCAAGAUGAGGAUGUCAUGGUGGGUGGUUUAGUCAGCAUCCUGGUUGCUCUCUGUGUCCUCACUGGCUACUCCAUCAUGACUGCCAGCUUUGUCAUCUAUGAGGUUCAGGAACAUCACACAGGCUCCAAGAGGCUCCAGCAGAUCUCUGGCAUCAGCGAACCUUUCUACUGGAUCAUCAACUUUUUCUAUGAUAUGGCUCUUUACAUGGUACCAGUGAUUCUCUCGGUGGCAAUGAUAGCAGCGUUCCAGCUCCCAGCAUUCACAGAGAGGCAGAACCUCGGCGCGGUCACACUUCUGCUGGUGCUAUUUGGCUUUUCCACCUUCCCUUGGAUGUAUCUUCUGUCUGCGAUAUUCAAGGAUACAGAGAUGGCCUUUAUCGGUUAUGUUUGCAUCAAUCUUUUCAUCAGUGUCAAUACCAUUAUCUCCACUUCCAUUAUUUACUUCCUGGGUCAGCUCAACCAGAAUGACCAGAACAUCCAGAAUGUGUACCAAACCAUGAGCAACAUAUUCCUAGUCUUCCCUCAGUUCAGUUUUGGCAAUGGGCUGAUGGAGUUGGCACGGGUUGAUAUGCAGGUGCAGAUCUUGAGCGCUUUUGGAGUGGACGCCUACAAGAACCCCUUCAGCAUGGAUGUUCUGGGCUGGAUGUACAUCUCCAUGUUCCUGCAGGGUUUCAUCUGCUUCACGCUUCGUCUGAUAGCUAACAAGACGCUUCUUCGUAAAAUCAGAUGGUUAGUUUGCCGGAAGAGUAACGUUGUUCAAAGCUAUAGCCCCAAUGAAGAUGAAGAUGUGGUGGCUGAACGUCUGCGUGUGGACCGUGGAGAUGCGAAUGCAGAUAUUCUGCAGGUUAACCAUCUAACUAAGGUGUACCAAAACCUGAACAAGAGGGUACAGGCGGUGAAGAGGCUAUCUGUGGGCAUCCCAGCUGGCGAGUGCUUUGGAUUGCUGGGAGUCAAUGGUGCAGGAAAGACCACUACCUUCAAGAUGCUGACAGGAGACAUUAGCCCUACUGAUGGCUCGGCCAAGAUCCGUGACAUUGACGGGAGAAUGGUUGACAUCAUAGACUGCAGGAGAGAGGGCAUAAACAUUGGUUACUGCCCCCAGGUGGACGCACUGGAUGACCUCCUGACUGGAGAAGAACAUCUCUAUUUUUACGCCCGCAUCAGGGGCAUCUCCAAGAGGGAGAUUGACCGGGUUGUUAACUAUCUGUUGAAAAAGUUGGAGCUGAAUUACCAUAGACACAACACAAGUGAGAGCUACAGUUGCGGAACACGCCGGAAGCUGUCGACGGCCUUGGCCCUGAUUGGAAACCCUCAGAUCCUUCUCCUGGAUGAACCCAGCUCUGGAAUGGACCCACGUUCUAAACGUCACCUCUGGAACAUCAUCUCUGAGCAAGUGAUGGGAAAAUGUGCUGUUGUCUUGACAUCGCACAGCAUGGAGGAGUGCGAGGCCCUUUGCACCCGUCUGGCUAUAAUGGUAAAAGGACAGUUCAGAUGCCUCGGCUCCCUACAGCACAUCAAAAACAGGUUUGGUAAAGGAUUCACGGUGAAGAUGUACUUAUCCGGAGCCUCCUGCGAUGUAGAUAUGAUCAGUAACUUCAUGCAGCAGAAUUUCCCCAGCACGUGCCUGAAGGAUCAUCACUCAAAUAUGGUGGAGUACCACGUGCCUGUCGCUCCCGGUGGUGUGGCUUCAAUCUUCGGUCUUUUAGAAUCCAACAAAGCCGUACUGCAAAUCAAACACUUCUCAGUCAGCCAGACCACUCUAGAUGAGGUUUUCAUUAACUUUGCCAUGGGGAAGACGGACACAGACGAACAGAACGUCACUGAAGGAACGGACAUUGACAGUCUAGACUCGUACGAGUCUUUGGACUGAUAAAAUACUUGAUUUAACUCACCUCAAGAAGAUAUUAAUUUAAUACUUAGGAAAUACUUAGGCUAUAUCAUAUUUUGGUGUUGUGAUUUUUAUGAAAGACGAAAAAAUCUUAUUUUGUACUGAAUAAUGAAGUCGCCAAAUACGUUAUGAAUAAUUAUUUGUUAAUUAACUCUUUCUGCUCUUCCAAGCUUGGGUUCAAAUGUUGCUCAACGUCAAAAGAACUUCUCUUUGAAAUUUGUUGCUGUUUGUAUCGCCUUAAAAGGGAUAAUACGCAGAAAGUCUAAAUUAGUUUACAUAGUUUCAGGCUAUCCAUUAGUUUUUCAUUUGUCAUCAAACAGCUCCGCUGCUUAACAAAGAAAAUGAAGUCAUUUAUUUACUAAAUUGUUUGAAAUUUUAUUAGCUAUACAAGAUAUUAAUCAAAACGUAAAUAAUUCACACGAACAACUAACAAUGUGUUACUCAAUACAGAAUUAAAUAUGUAUGCAGAGUGAAGAGUCCAUCCUCUUAAACUGCUGGCUGCAUUGAUGCAGCUCUUGUCUAGAGUUGAUAUAAAUCACAAAGACCUUUUUGGCUCCGAGAUAUAAAUGAUUCUUCAAUGUCUGCACAUCUUCACUCUCAUUAAUAUUUUCUCUGAAGGCACAUCUCUUGUGCAAGAAUGUACUAAAUAUUUCAUCGGCCCUUUCCUCUGUCUGCUUCAAGGCACAGUUCCUCUUUUAAAAAUGUACCAAGCUUAUUUUUACAUUAAAGCUAUUUUUCACAUGCA